AUGGCGGCGCUGCGGCGCGCUCCGCCCCUUCCCGUCGGCCCCAAGAUGGCGGGCGGUGCGGAGCGGUUGCCGGAGCCGGAGCUGGAGCGCGUGUUGGAGGCUCUGGAACUGCUGCUGCAGUCGCCUCCCGGCGAGGCCUCCGCGGAGCCCGCCCUUCACCCGGACACGCUGCUCAGCAACGCGACGGCGCUGGAGGAGCGGCUGCGCGGGGCUCCGGGCUGGGCGGCGCUGCGGGGGCUGCGGGAGGCCGUGCUGCGCCGCUUCCCCGCGCUGUGCCCGGGCGCGGCGGAGCCGGCGUGGGCGGCGGCGAGCGAGCUGCUGGCGCUGCUGCUGUGCCUCAAGCACCGCCUGGCCGCCGUGGCCGCCUCCCCCAGCUCCGUGCCGCCGCCGGGCCCCGCAGCGCUGAGCCUGGCGCAGGGGCGGGCGGUGCGGCGGGCGCUGGGCGCGGCCGCGGGGCUGGGGCUGGCGCCGCUGCUGCCGCCGGGCCUGGGGCGCCGCCCCGCGGGGCUCCCCCGGCCCGCCGCGCCCCCCGCCGCCCGCGGGGCCCGGCUCCGCGCCGCCGCCGCCGCCCUGGCCGAGCUGGCCGCGCUGCCCGAGCUCGGCACCCCGCUGCUCGCCCGCCACCUCGGGCUGCUGCUCGCCAGCCUCGCCCUGCUGGGGCACGGGCCCGCCGAGCACACGCAGGGUGUUUCGGAAGCAGAGCGAGCGCAGUGCCGGGAAGCCCUGCAGGAUAUCCUGGAUCGUGUCUACCAGCCGCUGGCAGUGCAGGAGCUGCUCAUCCUGCAGGGCCGGCCCAAGCAGAGUCCUCCUCCCUCUCCUGGGGGAGAAACAAAGCCAGCCCUUGUGCGGACCCCGGCGUGGCUGCGGCGCCUUUGUGGGCAGCUGCUCUCCGAGAGGCUGCUGAGACCCAACGGCGUUCAGGCUGUGGUUCGGGGCAUCAUGGAGGGAACAGGCGCAGGUGGUGCCGGUGCUGAAGCAGCAGCUGUGGACUGGAGAAAAUGUGAUGCAGUUGCAAAGGUCCUGGCUUCCUGCCCACAGCAAUGCCUUUCCCUCGAGGACUAUUAUGGACUGGUAUGCCCCCAGAUUCUGGGCUUGCUGCACAUCCAGGACAAACAGACAGCGCGCCAGUUCCAGCGAGUGGCCACCACCACGCUGCUCACCAUGGCGAAAGAGCACCCUCAGCUGGCAGAGAAGCACCUGCUUCAGCCCCUGUUGGCACCACUCCUGCGGUGCUCGGAGACAGCAGAGCUAGCAGUGGAAGACUUAUCAGCAGGGACCGUACUGGUAACAGAGGCAGAGCUUGGCAGCUGUGUGGAAGAUGUUCUCAAGGUGUAUGUGGUUGGAAAUGACAGCUCGAGCCUGCUGCUGGGAUCCUUACAGUCAGUCCUGGGAGUGGUUUUUUCCCUCUAUUCCUUCGCCAAGCAGAAUGUGUCAUACUUACGUUCCCCGUGCCAGGAGAUCCUGCUGUGGUUCUUGGAGAAGUCGGAGCGGGAGGUGUCGCUGGCUGUGCUGGAAGGCUUCGUGGGGCUGAACAGCAGCGUUCACACGCUCCACCCGCAGUGCCAGUUCCGUGCGGGUAGUGAGGGUGGUGCCGUCUUUGCAGUGGAGGAGACCAGCAGUGAUGAAGAUGAGGCCCUAUACCAGAAGGUUUCCUCCGAGCAGUGCCAUGUGGAGAACUUGGUGGAGCUCUUGUCUCACUGCCAGAAGAGUGGUCUAGCUGGAGACUUCUUCAUCCGCUGCCUGAAGGCACUGACUCGCGUGGCUGCAGACGAUGAGACAGAUUUGAACUCAGCUGUAGUGCCUGGAGGGAGUUUCCUGGAGCUGGAGCAGUACCACACCAGGCAGAAAAAGAAGCUUCUGGUCCUGCAGCUCGUGGCCACACUAUGUGAGAACAUCUCGGACACCAUUUUCACAGACGUUGCUCAGGUGGAGGAGUUUGUGGCAGCCACACUGCAGCGGGCCUGCGUCAGCCCGGCACGGGGCCCCGGCGCAGCGGCAGAGGCACAGACCCUCGCCAUGGCCAUGGGGCUAGUGGCUGCCAUGCUCGGCGGAGCCGUCCAGCUGCAAUCCAGCGACUUCGCCGUGCUGAAGCGGCUGGUGCCGUUGCUGGAGGAGCUCUCCCGCACCUACCCUGAGCCGCUCACCCAGGAGCUGGCUACGGACCUGCGCAUCGCCAUCUGCACCCACGGGGCCUUCUCUGCUGGGACGGUGGGCGCCGCUGCUGGCGGUGUGCUGGGGAAGAAGCCAGGGACAGGAGCCCAGGGCCCUGCUGGUGUCCCUGACAGAGCCCAGUGCCCAGAGGCUGGCCGGGCACCACCAAGGCACGGCCGCAGCAACCCCUCAGCUCCCAGGGAGAGGAGCGAAGAGCUGAGCACGUGCCACAAGCCUGAUGCUACGGGUCCUGCUCCAGCCCCGUGUGCUGACAGCCCAGCUCCAGCUGAGCUCCAGGAGCUCCUGCUAUCAGCCUAUGACCCCCAGCCCCCAAGCCGGGCAGCUGCCCUGCGCUGCCUCGCCAACCUGAUCAUGCAGCGGGAUCCAGAGGCACUUCGGCUUCAGGAGAAACUCCUGCAGGUGUUCCUGGAGAAUGUGCAGCACGAGGACGCUUUUGUCUACCUCUCAGCCAUCCAAGGCAUUGCCUUGCUCUCCAGCGAGUACCCAGAGCAGAUCCUGCCUGUCCUGCUGGCACGGUACAGGUGCCCGGGACAGGGCACAGAAGACGCUGCAGCUGCCAUCACCAGGAUGAAGCUGGGCGAGGUGCUGAUGCGCGUCACCCGGGCGCUGGGGGACAUGGUGUUCAAGCACCGCGAGCCGCUGAUCCAGGCCUUCCUGCAGGGCGCACGUGAUCCUGACAGCGCGCUGCGGGCCAGCAGCCUCUCCAACCUGGGCGAGCUCUGCCAGCACCUUGGCUUUCAGCUGGGCUCCAUCAUCCAGGAGGUCACCUCCUGCUUGACGGCCAUAACCAAGACAGACCCCAAGGCAGAGGUGCGAAGAGCGGCUGUGCACGUGGUGGUGGUGCUGCUGCGGGGGCUCAGUGAGAAGGCCACCGAGGUGCUGCGGGACGUCCUGCGGGACCUCUACCGUCUGCUGAAGCACGUAGUGGUGGCCGAGCCCGACGGCGCAACGGUGCUACACGCCCAGCUGGCGCUGGAGGAGCUGGACAUGGUGAUGAGGAGGGUCCUCUUCCCCCAGCAGAUCCUGGAGAAGAAGAUCGUGGUGCUGCCGUAGCAGCAGGGCCGCAGAAAUGAACUCUGGCUGUUCCAGCAUUGAGGCCAAGCUGCUCCCCGAGGAGGAGGGUUCCCUGUGCCCCUGGGGUGCUGCCAGCGGGUGCCAGCUGGGGAGGAAACUGCAGGCUGGGACUGGGUGGGGAUUAAACAGAAACGUGCUCAGCCCUGCACCCAUGACAUCUCUGGAAGUUGCGAGAAGCCCCUGGGUGCCAUUGUAGCCAUGUCCUGGUUCGUGACUGACUCGUGCUCACCCUCGCACCCUCGGGAUAGUGGCAGGAAGAUGGGUCCUUGGAGAGCCCCUGGAUCCCGUGGGAGGGUGAGCAUCAGCCCCCAGGCCUGGGGUUGGGGGAGCAGCCGAUGCGGCCGGUGCCUCGCGCUCCUGUGCGGCCAAACAGCACCGGGUGCCACGGCUGCCCCUGAGGGGAGCUGGGAUGUGGGGAGCUCUGCUGUUCGGCCCCCUGGUGUGGGCAGCUGUGCACCCCAGGGGCUGGCAGGCAGCUGAGUGCUGCUGCACGGCCCUGCCUGGCCCCCCUUGGGCACCACGCUCACAGCGUGGGGCUACUCGGGGGGGUCCUGGGAGUCCUGGAGGGUCCUGGAACUGCCAAGC